AAAGCAGCUCUGGCUCUGCCGACACGCCAGUAGCAGCAGCAGCAGAACUGCAUGGCGGAGAGAGGAGUUUUAUAAUAACCCUUGUUUAUCUGUUUUAGCUCUUAAACUAGUAACUGAUUUAUUUCUGAUCAUUUAAUCAGGAUUUACUGUGGUCUGAACAGCCUGGGAUUUAUAUUAUAACCCCCUGUAUGGCUCCUGUGGUUGAUUUAGGGAGCUGUAGUGUGUUUAGAGUGUGAUGAUCAGUAGUCUGCAGUAUUACCUCGUGUAGAGAUAUAUCAGCUGAUACUCAGAUUAAUAUGGACAGUGAAGAUCUGGCAGAGUCUGUUCUUAUUCAUUUGGAUGUGGAGACUCUUAUUGCCGGGACUCUAAAGCAUGAGAAGUGCGAGAUUUCAACAACUCGAAAGUGCUACUCCUACAUAAAGAAGAGGACUUUUGCAACAUUUGUGGCGUCUAAGAGGGUCUCAUCGUCUCCUACUGAUACCUCACCGGUUUGGCAGUGCUGUGACGAGACCUUUUCAGACCCGUCCUCAGUCCACAAGCAUGUUUCCAACCUCCACGCUGAAGAGAUCGAGCAGCUCACCACUGCGGCCCUGGAUCAGAUGCUGAGCCAGAGCGAGGAGGCUUUUCAAAAGCAAGAAGACCCAAAUGAGAGCCAAUCAGACGAUCCAGCCUCCUGGAUACCCAGCACAAGCCAUCUUUCUGAGGAGGAGCUCAGCAAAGGUCCAGGUGAAGUCCUCCUGUAUUACAGCUACUGCCAAAUACGAGAUCCCAAGCUGAUUUGUUCUUGGCAGUCUGAGCUGUGUUCAAGACUUCAUCUCACUGGCAAGGUGCGUGUGGCCACUGAGGGCAUUAAUGGAACAGUUGGUGGAACCAAAACGGCCACAAAGCUUUACAUCAAGGCGAUGCUGUCACACCCCAUUUUCAAAAUAAUGCAAGUGGAAGAUUUUAAGACCAGUGAAGGUGGUGCAGAGUGCUUUUCUGAACUUAAGGUUGGUGUCUACAAAGAAAUUGUCCCAAUGGGUGUGGAUCCAGAUACAAUUUCCUACAGGUUAGCAGGAACUCAUUUGGAACCGGAACAAUUUCACAAAGAAGUGCAAUCUCUGCUUGAAGAUGCAUCUUCAAAGAAUGACACGAUACUUCUGGACUGUAGAAACUUCUACGAGAGUAAAAUUGGCCAGUUUAAGAAUUGUUUAGCGCCUGACAUCCGCAAAUUCAGCUACUUUCCUGACUACGUGGAGAAGAACCUGGAUCUAUUCCGCGACAAAAAAGUGCUUAUGUACUGCACAGGGGGAAUACGGUGUGAACGAGGGUCGGCCUACCUUCGCUCAAAAAAUGUGUGUAAGGAAGUGUAUCAGCUGAAGGGUGGCAUCCACAAGUACCUGGAGCAGUUUCCUGAGGGCUUCUACAGAGGAAAACUCUUUGUGUUUGAUGAUCGUUAUGCAAUCUCGUUCAACAAAGACAUCAUCUCAGAUUGUAGGUACUGUGGAGCCCCUUGGGACCAGUAUCAGCUAUGCUCUACAGACUUCUGCUGCCAGCUGGUCUUGUCCUGUUCCUCCUGCAGGCAGAAGGGUCUUACAGCCUGCUGUCCUGUGUGCCAAGCCAAAGAACAGAGGUCCAGUUCCAGCCCCUCACCUGGACGUCCACACAGAGAGGAGUGUGAGUGUACUGACUCACGGCCCAGGAUCCCUAAUGAUACUUUAUGACGGGGUUAUUGAUGCGAUUUCCCAAUUAAAGGUUCAGAUGAGUGUAUGAAGCAUGCAUGAUGUUCAAAAUGACAAUGUGUAUGUCUUUCAUGACAAAGUUUUAUAUAUCAGAUUUUAAUGUCAGGUUUAUAUCUGCUGUAAGUUUUAAUAUCUCACUUCAGAGCAUUAAACUGCCAUACAGUGGCAUGUGCUACUUAUUGCUUUGACUUGAAAACAGUUCAUACUUUAGGAUUUUAAGCAUGAAUAUUGAUUGAUAUUUACUGUAAAUCAGAAAUAAAUGACAUCUUCAUUUCCAAAUCUUUAUUCGUAGCCAUUUACUCACAUUUACAUAAAUACAAAAUAAGGAAUGACAAGGAAAUGCAUUACACCACCACAGGGUAAAUGUACCAAUACAAUGGGGGAUUUAACAAGGCAUGUUUGGUUUGUUCAGUGUGUUUUUUCAAAGAUCACAACACCAGUCUAUACAGCAGUUUGUGACAAACAUCACAGCCCAACUAAUUUUUUUUCAGUCAGAACUUUACAUAAGGCCUCAGGAAUGAGACGUAUUCCUUUUUGAGAAAGUGAAGACUUAAACUUUGGUUACUGUACAAGCAUCUGCAAAAAAAAUAUAUUGUGGUUAUUGCACUUGUAUUUUUUGUAUGUUUAUCAAAAAGUUGUACAAUAAAAAGCAUGAUAGUUUACCUGACGCAUGAUAAGCUAUGCCCAGUGAUAAUAAAGGUACCAGAUGGUGUCGUUGCUCAACGCUGGCCCAAACAACGGGUUCAGUUGUGCUAGUAUCGCGAUCAGCCAACUGAACAGGCAGAAAAAUGUACACAAAGUUACAACAAAUACAAGACAUUCUUACAACUAACUGUAACUAGGGCUGUACAAUAUAUUAUAUAAGCUAUAAAAUAAAGAACUAUUGUACUGGUUUCCAAA